AUGACAUCGCUAACAGCAAACCUCGACAAGGAGCGUGUGAUACUUCUCCUAGAAAAUGUGUCAAAUGGAGUCAAUGUAAGUGUUUCUCCAGUCUCCGUCCGUUUAUCUAAUCUUUUCCAGGUCUCUGCGAACAUGUGUACCCUAGCCUCGAUCGAUAUUCCAUUGGACAUUGCAGACGAACUAAACGUGGCGGAGACGUUGACCCCGCUCUCCGGAUCUGCUGUGCUCAAAGAGUCUGUGCACGAGAUUCUGAAAAAGUUGGAAGGGAAAAGAAGGAAAGAAGUGCCAAAGGUUUCCGUGGUGAAGCGUGUGGCGUCGAAGAAGUCUCUGAAAAAGAACCGGUCCAGCGGCGGACUGAAGAACACUCAGGAGCCGGAGACUAGAGAGAACAAGUCAGAAAGGCUCUUCAAGAAGAAAGAGCCCAAGAAGAAGGAUUCUUCAAUCUGGAAGCGAAUCAAGAAAACUCAAGAAUGA